AUGUCUUCUAAUAGUGACACUGUAUUUGUCAAUCUUCAUAUUGAUGGACAUUCGUCAUUUAGUAGCGCUCGACCUAAGACAGACAUAUUAUUAUCUGAAGGUUCGGGAUCUUGGAACAAUACAUUAUGUAUUAUUCUUACUAUCCUGUGUAUCAUUGGUAUCGUUAUUUCUCUUAUCUUUAUAUUUUUUGGAAAGAAAUUUAAGAAAAAUAAACGAUCAAGAAGUGGCACAAUUACAACAUCAAAAGAUGUAGAAAUCAAAGGUACAUCACCAUAUUCAGAAUAUCAACCAGUACCAAAUGUUUAA